AUGACUCUAAAUGUAGCCUUAAGUCUUAAACUGAAAAAUAGAUGUUAUUCUUGCCUUGGUUGUGCAGAUCUGAAUGAGCUGAAGGUCUUUGUGGACCUGGCCUCCAUCUCAGCCGGAGAGAAUGACCUGGAUGUGGAUCGCGUGGCCUGUUUCCAUGACGCUGUACUGGGAUACUCGUCUGUGCUGUACGAGCUGAAGCCAGAUGCUGGAUUCCAGGCCUUCAAGGAGGCCCUUGGGAAACUGUGGAAGGCUCUCAAAAAUGACCGCCACCUUCCCGAGAAGCUGCGAGACACAGCACGUAACCUGGAGUGGCUGAAGACAGUGAAAGAGAGCCACGGCUCAGUGGAGCUGUCUUCUCUCUCCCUCGCCUCUGCCAUCAACAAGAAAGGCCUCUACAUUAUCCGUGCGCAAAACCAGAAAAAGCUGACCUUGGACACGACCCUGAAGCUGGAGAUCUUGGAGGGGCACACGGAGCAGUCACAGCAGCAGGAGGUGCGGGGGAUGCGCUCCUACUCCCUGGAGGACCUUCAGGAGCUUCUGAACAGGCUGAUGCUGAUGUCAGGGAGAGGAGCCCAGGGGCAGAGGGGAGAGGUCGACAACUUUUCUGAGUUCAGUGUCACAAUCGACGGGAGUGGGCAAGAGCUCACCUUCGAUGAUGAAUCAUGGUUUCAGCUGUACAGGGCAGAUGGCAGGCAGCGUGUGUGGUGUCGGGUGGGUGAGCGGUUUGCUGAUGUCAGCAUUGUGAACAGAGUGGCCCAUGGUGGUGGUGGAGCGUUGACAUGUCACCCAUUGAGCAUGUUUGGGAUGCUCUGGACCAGCACGUACGACAGUGUGUUCCAGUUCCCACCAAUGUCCAACAACUUCGUACAGCUAUUGAAGAGGAGUGGGACAAUAUUCCACAGGCUACAGUCAACAAUUUGA